AUGCCACCCAGUCAACGAAUCCUCUUUGCUGCGUUUUCAUUCCCAUCUAGAAGAGUCCUGCAUAUCAACAAGCGAAUAGCGCACCGCAUUCCCCAGCGCAUCCAUCUUCAGCCCCAAGGUCAAUACAACAACAGCUCAAGCACGGCUGCGCCGAGUUUCCGCAGCUUCACCCAACGCCGAACCCUAUCGAACACCGCGUCCCGGAAAAUGGCGAGCGACGAGGACUACAUGGCCUUCCUCAACAAGGCGAACCAGGAUGCGGACGAGGGGAGGGCGGCAGCAGCGCAAAGCUCGGUGGCACAGCGGACGUUUAAGACUGCGGAUGAGGGGAGUGAGCUGCCCAAGAGCAUUGCUGAGGUCUGUCGCGGUGCGUUUUACGUGAGCGAGGCGGAUGAGCCGUUUAAGGGAGUGUCGUUGAAGUGGAAGGGCGAGGGAGGGUUGCCGGAUGAAGUCGAAUUCGCAAAGCUGAUCAACCACUGGGACGCCGAGAACGCGCAAAUCGACAUCAUGGACCCGGUCGACUGGGACUCGCAGGGGGAAUACGGCAAUGUGAUUGAUGCUGUGAGGGAGGCGACGCGGGGGAACGACGUGAGAGUGUAUAGGGUUGCGAGGGAUCUGACGAGGGCGGAGUACUGGGUUAUUUCACGGGAUGACGAGGGCGGGAGGAUUGUGGGAGUGAAGGCGCUGGGCAUUGAGUCGUGA